AUGGAUUCAUUAGUGCUAUGCCUUUUUGUGACUCUGCUUGCUGCUGUUGGGCAUGCAAGUGCUGCCGAGGAUGUUCCUUGGUCACAAAACUAUGUCAUCUUGUAUGGACAAGAACAUACCCAGCUUCUUAACCAAGGGAAAGAGAUUCAAAUUUCAAUGGACCAAUCAUCAGGUUCAGGUUUUAGGUCCUUAAAAACUUACGGUUCUGGAUUCUUUGGUAUGAGAAUGAAACUCCCGAAUAAAGAUACAACCGGAAUUAUUACAAGCUUCUAUCUAAGAUCACAUACACCCAAGCAUGAUGAGCUCGAUUUUGAGUUUUUGGGUGGUAAGACACAACAAUAUUUGUUGCAAACAAAUGUGUUUACAAAUGGUCAAGGUUUUAGGGAGCAAAGAAUCUCUCUUUGGUUUGAUCCAACUACAGACUUUCAUAAUUACCAAAUACUUUGGAACCAACAUCAAGUGGUGUGGUUCGUGGAUGACACUCCCAUAAGAGUGUUUAAGAAUAACAACAAAAUUGGAGUGGGUUACCCAGCACAAUCAAUGCAAAUAGAGGCAACCAUUUGGAAUGGAUCAUGGGCUGGUGAGCCAAAUUGGAGUCAAGCACCCUUCCAAGCCUACUAUCAAGGAUUUGGCAUUGACGGUUGCUUAGCUCAAAACCACACCAUUGGUUUUUCUGAGUGCUCUUCUCCCACAUUUUCAUGGAAUGGGGUGAAGUACUGGAAGUUAGACAGUCAACAACAAAGUGCAUACGAAGAUGUGAGAAACAAAUACUUGGUUUAUGACUAUUGUUUAGCUGGCUCCAAACCUCCUCCAGAAUGCCCAAGUAACCAGUAG